AGAGAAAACAAAACUCAAAACUUGGGUCCUUUGAAAAGAGAGAGAGAGGGACGCAAAAGAUCGAGAGAGAGAAGAGAGGCGAUGCAGGAGCGAAGUAGAAGAGGAAGGAGAGUAGCAGCGGCGGCGGAAGCAGAUCCUUCGAUUGUGGAAAUUCUUUUUAGCGGAAGAAAUCCUAACCCUAAAUGCCAUUUUCGCAGGAAUUAAAACCUAAGAAGCCAUUGAACAAACGUUCGAGCUGGCCAGAACUUUGGUUCAAAGACAAAGCUCUCAAGCAUGUGGUUUUCAAGAUGCAGUUGGAUUCUCUUACAAGAGCAAGACCACCGGAGUCGGAGAAGAAAGUAGCCCUAGAUUUCACCUCUCUUCUAUCCGAUGAGCUUCUUUUACGAAUCUUGUCUAACCUUCCGGUCUCCCAACGGAAAACUAAUUCUCUCGUUUGCAAGCGAUGGUUGUCCCUGCAAGGCCGCCUGGUUCACUCCGUUAAGUUGCUUGACUGGAAUUUCCUUUUAUCUGGUCGGCUUCUUUCACGUUUCCCCAACCUCACGGAUGUUGAUCUCGUUGCCGCCUGCAUUGACUCGCCAAGGAAUUCUGGAAUCUUAUUGACCCAUAAAUUAUUGUCGGUUCACCUUGAUGCUGAUUUCUCUCCUGGUGGGUUUGUCCCUGAGGAUAAUCUGCUGCCACCGGCUACGAUUGAUCGAGGGCUUCGAGUCCUUGCCCGGGGAUGCCCUAAUUUGCGGAAACUUGUUCUUAUUGCUGCCAACGAGGCUGGUUUGUCGAGCGUUGCCGAAGAAUGCCCGACAUUGCAGGAAUUGGAGCUGCACCAUUGUACGGAUCUCGCAUUGCAUGGAAUCUCCGCUUGUAAGAAUCUUCAGAUCCUGAAAUUGAUUGGGACUGUGGAUGGUUUCUAUAGUUCUCUGGUUUCGGAUAUUGGUUUGACGUUCUUGGCAAACGGUUGUAAGCGUCUUGUAAAGCUUGAGCUGAGCGGAUGUGAGGGGAGCUACGAUGGAAUCAAAGCUAUUGGCCAAUGCUGCCAGAUGCUCGAGGAGCUUAUGCUGUGCGACCACAGGAUGGAUGGUGGGUGGAUGGCAGCCUUGUCGUUCUGUGAAAAUUUGAAGACUUUGAAGCUUCAGUCGUGCAAGAGGAUUGAUCCGACACCAGGGCCUGUUGAACAUUUGGGGUCUUUGCCGGCUCUUCAACGGUUGCAGCUGCAGAGGUGCCAACUGCGAGAUCAGCAGAGUGUGAAGUCGUUGUUUUUGAUAUGUGACGCUGUGAGGGAGAUGGAUUUUCAGGACUGUUGGGGUUUGGAUAAUGAGAUGUUCAGCUUUGCAAGUCAUUGCAGGAGGGUAAAGUCUUUAUCUUUGGAAGGAUGCUCGUUGCUAACAACAGAUUGUCUAGAGUCAGUAAUUCUCUCUUGGAAGGAGCUUCAAAGUCUUAGAGUAGUCUCAUGUAAUAAUAUAAAGGACAGUGAAGUCACUCCUGCACUGUCAAGCUUGUUUUCAGUUCUGAAGGAGUUGAAAUGGAGACCAGAUUCCCGAUCUCUUCUUUCAUCAGGCCUUGCAGGAAGUGGAGUGGGAAAGAAAAAGGGUAGACUUUUCAAGAAAAUAUGAAUCCUGAACUUGCUAUCUGAUGUGGAGUAGCCUGAACUUCUGUUUAAUGUAUACUCAGCUGAAUCAAUCGCUGACAACCAACCAGGUUCAUGAAAAUAAAAUCAGCCACAAUUGAAGUCAUUGUAGCGAUGGCACACUGCAACAUGCUGAGAUCAUUCUGACACUACUUCAGAUGGUUAGUUAACAUGGUAGUUAACAGAAGAUGAUAACCAGCCAGAAGGAGCUAAUCAUUGUAGAAAUGCCAAUCCUACUUCACCUUUUCUUAAUGCAUGUUCAUUUGAGUUUCAAUUCUCAAGCUCAGAUUACUCCAUUGAUGUAUUUACCCUGGCUCUGUCUCUUCAUCUCAUACCAUUUUUAUUGUUAGCAAGGAUAGGUAUGCUAAUCCCUUUCCCUUCUAUUAUUUGAACCAAGUUACCAGAGGGGGUUUUCAUAGAUGGUAUCUUUGUAUAACACUAGUUCAUUUAUAGUAAGCUGUGUCUUUUUUUGAACAUCAUGAAUAUAGCCCUACAUUCUGAACUUAA